UCCUGCCCCGUGCCGGAGUGAGCAGCACAGUACCAGCCCCUCUCCCAGAUCCAGGUCCCGGAGCCCCCCGCACACACCCUGCCUGCUUGCCCUGGGGGCCUGUAUUCCAGCAGAGGGAUAGGAAGCGAAGUUUAGCAGGAGUUGCUGCACCCAGUGAUCCGGACUUGCCCAGGGCUAGUAAGUUUGUUCCCUCGGCGAGCCACCCCGGGGCCCCAGCUCCCUUUACACACACAGUUUUGGAAGUUUCCGACCAGGAGCCCAGUGCCAUGGAGCGGAGGAUGCGGCCCGUGCGGCUGCUGGCCUGGCUGGUCCUGGCGGGGGUGGCCCAGGCCGCUAUGGAUGAGUGUUCCGAGGAAGGCACGGGGCGGCCGCAGCGCUGCAUGCCCGAGUUCGUCAAUGCGGCUUUUAACGUGACCGUGGUGGCCACUAACACGUGCGGCUCGCCGCCGGAGGAGUACUGCGUGCAGACCGGAGUCACCGGGGUCACCAAGUCCUGCCACCUGUGCGACAGCAGCCAGCCCUACCUGCAGCACAGCUCCGAGUACCUGACCGACUACAACAACCAGGCGGACACCACCUGGUGGCAGAGCCAGACCAUGCUGGCCGGGAUCCAGUACCCCAACUCCAUCAACCUCACACUGCACCUGGGAAAAUCAUUUGACAUCACCUACGUCCGUUUGAAAUUCCACACGAGUAGACCAGAGAGCUUUGCUUUCUACAAAAGGACACGAGAGGAUGGUCCGUGGAUUCCGUACCAGUAUUACAGUGGGUCAUGCGAGAACACUUACCAGAAAUCAAGUCGAGACUUCAUCCGCACUGGACAUGACGAACAGCAAGCUCUUUGCACAGAUGAGUUUAGUGACAUCUCCCCUUUGACUGGUGGAAAUGUGGCCUUCUCCACACUCGAGGGCAGACCAAGUAGUUACAACUUUGACAACAGCCCUGUUUUGCAGGAGUGGGUGACCGCAACAGAUAUUCGUGUAACCUUAACAAGACUAAAUACGUUUGGUGAUGAAGUGUUCGGUGAUCCCAAGGUGCUCAGAUCUUACUACUAUGCCAUUUCUGACUUUGCUGUCGGAGGCAGGUGCAAGUGCAACGGACAUGCCAGUGAAUGUGUACGCAACGAGUUUGACAAGCUGGUCUGCAACUGCAAACACAACACAUUUGGUGUGGACUGUGAGAAAUGUCUGCCUUUUUUCAACGACCGACCAUGGAGGAGGGCGACUUCCAGCAGCGCCAAUGAGUGUCUACCAUGUAAUUGCAAUGGUCGCUCCCAGGAAUGUUACUUCGACCCAGAGCUGUAUCGGUCUACAGGUCAUGGUGGUCACUGUACCGGGUGUAUAGAUAAUACAGAUGGCGCAAACUGUGAGCGCUGCCGUGAAAACUACUAUAGACAAGGCAGCGAUGAGCCCUGCCUCCCUUGCCACUGUAAUUCUGUGGGCUCUCUCAGUACUCAGUGUGAUAAUUUUGGGCGCUGUAGCUGUAAACCGGGUGUGAUGGGCGAGAAAUGUGACCGAUGCCAGCCGGGCUUCCACUCCCUCACUGAGGCUGGCUGCAGGCCCUGUGCAUGCAAUGCUGCUGGUAGUACGGAUGAGUGCAACGUGGAAACCGGCCGUUGCAGCUGUAAGGAUAACGUGGAAGGAUUUAACUGCGAGAGGUGUAAACCUGGUUUCUUUCACCUGGAUCCAAAUAAUCCCCGUGGCUGCACCCCUUGCUUUUGCUACGGGCACUCUUCAGUGUGCAACAAUGCUGAAGGUUUCAGAAUCACCAACAUUGUCUCCACGUUUGAGAGCGGAACGGAUGGUUGGGUGGCUCAGCAGAGAGAUGGGUCUGAGCAUGUCCUCUCCUGGAUAUCUGAGAGCAGCUCCUUGACAGUCAUCUCUGAGAGCUACUUCCCUGUUUAUUUCAUUGCACCCGAAAAGUUCCUUGGUAACCAAGUACUAAGCUAUGGACAGAACCUUUCAUUUAGUUUCCGAGUGGAACGGAGAGAUACCCGCCUGUCUGCAGAGGAUUUGGUUUUGGAAGGGGAUGGGCUGAGGGUUUCUGUGCCUUUGAUCGCCCAAGGGAACUCUUAUCCCUCUGAGAACUCCCUCCGUUUUGUCUUCAGGUUACACGAGGCCACGGAUUAUCCCUGGAGACCUUCCUUGUCAUCAUUUGAAUUCCAGAAAAUGCUGCAGAACCUAACCGCUAUCAAGAUCCGGGGAACCUACAGUGAACGAAGUGCUGGAUUUCUGGAGGACGUCACUCUCGUAACUGCUGAAGUAGGAGGCAGUCCUCCUGCCCCAUGGGUUGAAACGUGUAGCUGCCCUGUAGGGUAUAUCGGCCAGUUCUGUGAGAGAUGCGCUUCUGGUUAUCGACGAGAGAAUCCAAAUUUGGGACCUUACAGCCCUUGUGUGCUCUGUACUUGCAAUGGCCACAGUGAAUCUUGCGACCCUGAAUCUGGUGUGUGCCAGUGUGAGCAUAAUACAGCAGGCUCUAACUGUGAGAGGUGCAGUGAGGGCUAUUAUGGAGACAGCACCACGGGUACAAGCUCAGAUUGCCAGCCUUGUCCCUGCCCCGGUGGCACCAGCUGUGCUGUUGUACCUAGGUCCAAGGAGGUGGUGUGCACCAACUGCCCGUUAGGAACUACAGGAAAACGGUGUGAGUUGUGUGACGAUGGAUAUUUUGGCGACCCGCUGGGUGAAAAUGGAGCACCCCGGACCUGCCGCAUUUGCGAGUGCAACAGUAACAUCGAUCCGAACGCGGUGGGUAACUGCGACCGCCUCACCGGAGAGUGCCUUAAAUGUAUAUACAAUACGGGUGGAUUUUACUGCGACCGUUGCAAGGAUGGUUUCUAUGGCUCAGCACUAGCAACAAACCCAGAUCUGAAGUGCAGAGCGUGUAACUGUAACCCAUAUGGAACCGUGAAAGGUAAGAACACCUGUAACGGGUUGACUGGUCAAUGCGAGUGCCUUCCUAAUGUCAUGGAGCGGGAUUGUUCAGCCUGUGUGCCAGGAUUUUACAACCUCCUGAGUGGACGAGGCUGUGAGGGGUGUAACUGCAAUGCCAUUGGUUCGACGAAUGGCCAGUGUGAUAUCCAUUCUGGACAGUGUGAAUGCCAACCUGGUAUCAGUGGGCAGCGCUGCCAGCAAUGCGAACCCAAUCACUUUGGGUUUGGCCCAGAAGGCUGCAAACCUUGUGACUGUGAUCCAGAAGGCUCGGUUUCCUUGCAAUGCAAAGAGGAUGGGCGUUGUGAUUGUAAGGAUGGCUUUGUGGGCGCACGCUGUGAUCAGUGCGAAGAAAACUAUUUCUAUAACCGUUCUGGCCCCGGCUGCCAGGAAUGCCCUGCCUGUUACCGUCUCGUCAAGGACAAGGUGAUGGAACAGCGAGAGAAGUUGGAGGAACUAGAGGAACUCCUGAAGAACCUUGGAACUGGGGAGCACACAGAGUCAGAUAAGCAGUUUGAAGAAAGACUCAGAGAUGCUGAGAAGGCUGUGAGUGACCUUCUCAUGGAUGCCCAGAACAGCAAAGACGUAGAUCAGGGUAUGCUAGAUCGUCUUGCGGAAAUAAACGCCACGCUGGGUUCCCAGCUGCAACGUCUUCAGAACAUCAGAGACAUGAUACGCGACACUGAUAAACAGGCGGAGGAGGCACGAGAUCGUGUGGAGAGCACAGACCUUCUGAUUGAAUCUGCAAGAGAGCAGCUUGAGAGAGCUAAGGUGGCCAUUGCUAAUGUGUCCAUCACUCCUCCGGAGACAACUGGGGAUCCUAAUAACAUGACCCUUCUGGCAGAGGAGGCAAGGAAGCUAGCUGAAAGACAUAUUGCAGAAGCUGGCGACAUUGAGAAAGCUGCCAAGGAGGCCAAUGAUACAGCAAAUGAAGCAUACCGUUUAUUAAUGAAGACUCUUGCAGCUGAAAACCAGACCUCGGCUGAAAUCGAUGAGCUGAAUCGGAAGUUUAAUCAAGCUAAGGACCUAUCCCGGGAGCUAGAGAAACAGGCCACCAAGGUGCACGCAGAGGCUGAAGAAGCAGGAAAUCGAGCUCUGCAAAUCUAUGCUAAUUUUAGUAGCAUCCCCCCGAUUGAUACCAUCGGUUUACAGAAGGAAGCUGGAAAGAUCCAGAAAGAGGCGGAGGAUCUAGAUUCGCUGAUCAACCAGAAGUUGCGAGACUACGACGACCUGCGUGAGGACAUGAGGAGCCGUGAAAUUGAGGUCAAAAAUCUGCUGGACAAAGGGAAAGCUGAGCAGCAGACUGCUGACCAGCUCCUGGCCCGAGCAGAUGCAGCAAAAGCUCAGGCAGAAGAGGCUGCUAAGAAGGGACGGGCAACGCUGCAGGAAGCCAACGACAUCCUUAACAAUCUACGAGACUUUGACAAGCGUGUGAAUGACAAUAAGACUGCCGCAGAAGCUGCUCUUCGUAAAAUUCCACUUAUUAACCAGACCAUCGCUGAAGCCAAUAACAAGACACGGCAAGCAGAGGUUGCACUAGGCAAUGCCAAUGCAGAUGCCCGAGGGGCAAAGACCAAGGCAGAAGAGGCAGAGAAGAUUGCCAAAGAAGUCCAAAAUAAUGCUACCAUUGCCCGAACGGAGGCUGACAAUACUUUCAAGGAUGUGACCAAUUUAGACGGGGAGCUGCAGGAUAUGCUGAAACAGCUGCAGGAUGCAGAGAACCAACUUAAGACGAAGCAGUCAGAAGCCGAUCAAGACAUGAUGAUGGCUGGAAUGGCAUCGGAUGCAGCGCGAGAUGCUGAACAAAAUGCAAAGAAAGCAAAGGAGUCUGUGAACACGGUGCUUGAAGUGAUCAACAGCUUGCUCCAACAGCUUGCUUCCCUGGACACGGUUGAUGUAGGAAAGUUGAAAGAACUGGAGAGUACACUGGACAAUGCAAAAUCCCAGCUGCGUGAUAGUGAUCUGGAUCGCAAGGUGGGCGAAUUGGAGGAAUCGGCACGGCUGCAGGAUGCAGCCCUGCUCUCUUAUGAACGAGACAUUAAGCAGAUUGAAGAAGACAUCAAAAACCUGCAGGACAUUAAAAACACCUUGCCCCCUGGCUGCUACAACACCCCCAUCAUUGAGAAACCUUAAAGCCAAGCUCUCUGGGAAGAUCGGAAGGUGGUCUAUGUCUCCUUCCUCACCAACCCCCACGUUUGGCUGUGAAGUGCCUUAUUACUCACCUACCCCAGACUGUCUCCCUAAACACUGUUCACUCCCUGCCCUAUGAGUAUUGAAGGGGAGGUUACAAAGACUUGGAAAUAUAUUCCCUUCCAAACUAAACUCCUCACUACGUAUUGUGUGUGGUGUCAACGGAUUUGAAGUUAAUCGUCCUGCAGAACGAAUUAGAGAGUAUAUAUUGGUGAAAGGAAUGACACCGAGCCAUCUACACACAGCAAUGCAUAGCAAUCCCCCGUGUCCACUCAAGGUGGCACUGAAGUCAUUCUCUGCAGUCUCAGGCAAGGGACCGUAUAAGAAAGACACUGUCUCUGGCAAAUGUAAACUGCUUUGUUCUAGUGAAUCCUUAACAUAAUAUAUUGAAAGCCUCUAUGGCACAGAAGUGAUUAAUGGAGCUGCACUCUUUGGGACCCCUAAGGAAAGAAAGGGGCUACUGCAGCAAGAUUUUACAUUAUAAAACACAAUGUAUUCUCCUUACCCCUUCACUAACCAUACAGCCUGGUCCCCUGACCUAUAGCAUAGCCACACAGCCAGUAUUAGCCCUCACGGCACAGAAGCGCUCUAAUAGUAGGGAAUGAGCUUCUUUUUCUGCUCUAAAUAAGAGUUCUGUACUGUGCAGGCUGGGAAAUAUUUUCCUUGUCCACAGUAAGCCGGAGCAAAGAAUGUCUUACUGACUGAUCCAUUGUAGCUGCUGCCAUCCAGGGUGAAUGGAAGCUUCGGCAUAUAUUCCAUAAUCCUAAUGUAACAGUGUAUAUGAAUGUCCUGGUAUCUCUGAACUGCACGUGGAGUAAGGGAUCAGUCUGCUUACCUCGUUCUGGGACCAGCACUGGUCUUUAAAGUGGAUGUAUUUAGAAAUUAGGUCGGGGAUUGACAGGUAUUUGGAGCAUUUAAAAACCAUUGAAGAGGAGCUUUUGUUGAGCUCGAUUUAAAACCUGGUAAUCACCAGCAGUAAUUAUUUCCUUAGAUCAUGGGAUUUGUCAAAUCUCGGUCUUAGUACUCCUUGUGCAGCCUGAUUUGGCACAAAGACACAAUGCCCAUAGACGCGAUGCGCUCAUGUAUUAAAUGUGAUUGUGGGUUAAAGUCGUAAGAGUGAAACAAUUGUCUUGGAACCCAGUGGAGUGUUCCGCCAGAUUACAUGGAUUCCCAUGGUGAUUGCGUUACUUAAUGUGCUCCAAUAUGCACUACUUUCAAACCAGCAAUGCUUUUACACAUUUUCCCCAGUGCCUACAAAUGCUGUUCACACUGUCAAAAAACAAAACAAAAAAAAAAAUCCCCCACAAUAAUAAAAGGUGCUUGGUGCAAAAUCAUUGGAGCAUGAGUGGUGGGAUAGGGUCAAAAGGGACAUAUGAAGAUGGAGCUAGUACUAUGCCUAUCCCAUACGUCUAGUACGGUACACCUGCAAAAAUUGGUGCUCUAGGUCUGUGAUGUUUAGUCCAGUCCUAAUUCUUGCCUUAUUCUGGGUUUAGCUUUUUCCCAAUUCUAUUUAAAUGGGACUGUUGAGAAAACCUGGACUAUUGGGUGUACAUGAGUACUGGCUUGUUGCUCUGUGUGUCAAACCUAUCCCUGCUGUAGUCCAAAUUAUAUAUCCAAAGUUGUACAUGGUUUGCAUUUAAAGUGACGUUCCAUAGCAUUAAUGGUCUCAAAGAUAUUUUUUCCAUUGUCAAAUCUAGUGGAAUAUUGAUUUAUGCAAAGCAAUGCAUACAAUUUUUUUUUUUUUUUUUUUGUGGGUAUGGGGGACUGCUAAUCCCAAACUAUAUUCACAUCUUAUCAUUCGUACUGCUUAAUUUAUAUAAACUUCCUAGAUUGAUACUGUUUUGUGGGUUGUGUAUAAAUUGUGCAUUCUGUUGGGGUAAGGCUUGAAAGACCUCCAGCAUGCAAAAUUAAAAUACCACCAAUGUGAAAUUAAUGAAUCAGUCAUAUUGGUGUCUUUGAGAUCUCAUCUUUCAUUAGUUCCUUUCAUACCAGUAGUACAUGAAUGCAGAAUGUAACAUUCUUCAGCAUUCCACUGGACAAUAGUGCAUCCUAAAUUUGUCACUUUUGUGUAAAGUUCAGUGCAUCUUCAGUGGCAACAUAACCCAUUUUAAAAUUACGUGAAAUCAUUCUAUAAAGAGAAGGGAGCUUGGCUUAAAUGAAGGAUAACUACUUUUCAAAUGUCUGAUUGCAACAAAGCAGUUAUGAUUUUUAUAUGUUUUAAUAUAUAAUCUCUACAUGUACACAAGAUACCAACAUGCAGAGUCUACAUAGCAUUGCACGCAAUACUCUGCAUUUUAAAGGGAUUUUUUUUUUUACUAUACGGUUUUAAAAAUAUAAUGUAAAAUUUUAUUGAAAUGUGUGCAUCUUUUCUUUGUAUAAACAUUGAUUGCAUUAGCUGUUAUGAACUUGCUCUGCAUUCUUCAAUGCAUGAAACCAGCAAUAACUCCUGACUGCCACAAGAGGUCUCAGCUCCUUGCCUUCAAUGCAAAAGUCCAUUCAGUGUAGCAAUUUAUGGCAUAGUCCAGGCAUAGGCAACCUUCGGCACUGCAGAUGUUUUGGACUACACCUCCCAUGAUGCUUUGCCAGCAUUUUGGGUGUAAGAGCAUUUUGGGGGAUGUAGUCCACAACAUCUGGAGUGCCGAAGGUUGCCUAUGCCUGGAUAGACUUUAUAACCAACCAAGUAACACAAUGGAAUGCGUCGCUUGAUUUGCAAACCAGACCCGAAAGGGUUCAUUCUUUUUAACAGCCUUAUUUUAUACAUGUUAAAAGAGAAGUGAUACUUUUAAAGAGCAGGUAGUUUUGUUUUUAAAUGUAUAAUAAUAUAUAUAUAUAGAUUUCAUUUAAUAUUUUAUUAGGGGGAAAAGCUAAAAUUGUACUACAGUCUCAAGUAACAAAUGAAAUGUUAGAAUUAUAUACUUUCAUAUAUUGUCCCCGCUCCAAGCCUUUAACAUGAGCCUAUAUUCCAGAAAUCUAUGCCAUCAAGGGUUUAGAUAAUAUCGCAGCCACUUAGAUAGAGUAAACAGAAUUUCCAUCUUAAUUCUUCCAUACAGUUCUGAGAAACCACACCUGUUACACUUGGGGCUUAAUUCGCAAAUCGAUGAACAGUGGUGACAUGGUUAGGCUGCAAAAUCGAGGUCCAAUUGAAUUUUUUUUUUAAUAAAUAAAUAGCCAAGGAAUGUUCCAACUGUUAUAUUGGUCUACAAUUUGCAGCUUGGGUUGUCCAUUCGCCACAUCUCAUGGUUUCAGUAAGUCUCAUUGUCGUUCUAUACUAUACAGUAAUCCCCCCCUUCCUACAGAUACACACUCCACACCCACUCCCUUCGAAACGCUCUUCUGUGUUUGCGGAGAGUAACCCUUUUUAAUGACACUGGUGCUAAUAAUGAUAUUUGAAUAUUGAAUUGCUUGAUUCCUGUGAGUGUUCUAUUUUUUUGUGUAUUCAGAUUAUAAUUCAAGUUAAAUGUCUAUUUUUUGUUUGUCUUUGCCUUUAUCUCUGUAAAUAAAUUCCUGGCUGCUCAGAAAGAUGGAAGGGAGGAGAAGGUGUUUCAAUUGUAACUAUUUCUAUUUUUUAUUUUUUUUUUACCUUCCCUAACUGUAUCACCCUCUCUCCUCUCAUUCUCCAUUUCCAUCUUCUGUCUGUCUAUAAAAAGUUGACAUGACUAAACCUCUAUAAUCAGAGAUAAUGUGUACUCGGUUACAACACAAUUUUACAGCUGCCCAUUGUUGAAUCUCGUCUCGGGCCCCUAACUUGUGUAAAUGUUUCCCUGUCUUGUGACUCCUUUUAACCUCUGACUUUAAUCUAUGCCAUGGAGUACCCUUCACUGCCAAAGAACACCGCACAGAAUUUUGUGAUCGCUUCUGUGGCUGCGAAGGUCGACUUGCCCCCUUACACUCUUAGUGGCCAAUAUUGGAUUUUUUUUUAAUGGACAACCGAGUAUUCAGAAGACAGGGGUUCAUCUGUGGUCAAUUUUUUUUUGUCCAGGGGAGAAGGGGUUCAACAGAAACACAACACUUUUUUAUGUAUAAAACCGUAUUUCUUAUUUAUAAUAAAGUGAAUAUUUGUAACCCCUAA